AUGGAUGUUCUCUUACCUCGUCAUCGAUGUAUAGGUAACCAACGAAGUUCAAGUCUUCCAGUAGAGCUCUACACUCCAGACAUCCUCGAGAACCCCGCCGAGAAAACAUCGCUCGGUGGGCACCCACAAUCUCCAACUCACUGCCAGUGCCCCGGAGAGAAGAUAAAACACUCCGGACAAUCAAAAAGGGAAGAUGUAAAUACCAAGUCGCAUUUGCACGAUGAGUGGUCAUAUCUGAGACCCGACGAACGUGGCGCAGAGUUGGGCAGGGAGGCGAGGGUUUGGAAGGUCUACGUGGGGGAGACUGAAAAAUGGGAUAAGGAGAUGAUUGAAGGAUGGGAAAAGUCCAUGGAUGCACUAUUAGUUUUUGCGGCAUUAUUCUCGGCUGUAACAGCUGCUUUUUUGAUCGAAAGCUCGGGUAUGCUCAAGCAAGAUCCCAACGACAUCUCUGCGGCGGCUUUACUUAUUAUUUCUCAAGCCGCGAUAGCCAUUGCUACCAACAACGCCUCUGUUAAAGAGCCCACCUUACCCAAGCAAGGUAUUAUAUGGCCAUCCGAUUUCGCCCCUUCCCAAAGCGCUAUCAUAAUCAAUACCUUAUGGUACACGUCCCUCACCCUCAGCAUCGCAACUGCGUUCAUGGCUAUGCUCGCCAAGGACUGGUGCUAUUCGUUUGGAGCCAAGCGCACAGGACACCCCUUUGACCAGGCACACCGGCGACAACGCAAAUGGGAACUAAUCGAACGCUGGAAAAUGCAAGAGUUGAUUCAAGCUCUUCCCUUCAUGAUACAUCUAUCGUUAUGCUUAUGCGUCUACCUUUGGGAUCUAAACCAUACUGUUGCGAUCCCUAUUGUGUGCAUUGCUGGGGCGUUUUUAGCCUUUUAUCUCUGGUCCAGCUUAAUUGCGAGUAUUGAGGAAUUUUUCCCAUAUACUACUAUUGUCUCCCGGAUUCUGCGUUCCGGCAGCCUUCUAUCACUCUACCCGCCUAUUCGUAAAAUUUUAUCCCAGGUCACAUUUGCAUUAGCUCAGCUCUACGUUUGGGCUAUUUACCUUUACUUGGCCCUUGCAUACAUCCCAGCUGGGAUAAUAACUGCAGUAUUUGCUCUUCUGAUGGCUCUAGAUAAGUAUUCGUUACGCAUUUUCAUCAAAUCACCCGGCGUACUCUCUAGCCUUAUCGAAUCAUUCUGGUCUACUGCUGCCUUUUUACCGGUUUUGCCGUGGUACUUUGUUGGUGCUUUGUGCUCCCCUAUCCACUCUGGGAUCAGCCAUGCGCUAAAAAGGCUUCAACUAACUCAAGAUCUUACAACAAGCCUCGCGCUCAGUUGGCUCAUAAAGCAUUGCGAGUCCCCGAGUGCGGUUGAUAUAGCACUUCAAGCAAUUGCCGGAGCGGGCCAGGGGUUCCCAAAGGAACCAUUGCUAUCAUGCCAGGCGAUUGUGAAAAUUAUGCAACUCGUUGUUUCGCAUGAUUCUUCCUAUGAAGACGACGCUCGUAACGAUCGCUACAUCCGAGGUCUCAAGUUUUUGGGCUUCAAUUCUUCGUUGAUAUCAGUGGACAAAAAGUAUAAGCCCGAAGAAGAUAUUAAAGUGAUGGUUUGGGAUCUCAAGGCCAAGCGUGAGCGAAAGAUUGCUGACUUUAUUAAGGACGGGAGCUUUGUUCCAAGCGAUAACAACUUUCAAGCAAUAAAGAUUGGCAAUUCUGUCGCGCCCCGGUGUCUCGAUUUAUUGACAGGAGAGACCGAAACUACCGCCAAGACUCUUGGCGCAAUUACUCAACUACUUUCUGGUCAUCUUGUGUCCAAGACUGAAAGACUUCACCCUGCUGCGCUGCAUUCUCUUGCCAAGGCAGCGGCGCUAUAUGCAUCUCUGUUGACUUCUCCCAAAAUACCCCCUAAUCUGGUUAAUUUGUGUAUGGCUUAUUGCGAAGAGCUGGCCCAUGGAUACUAUUAUGGGGACUCUACGUGCGACUUUGGAACCGGAGUCAUGUUCAUCUUAUGCGUUUUAUUACACGGGAAUUCUAGUAUUGGGAAACAUCGCCCGACGGGGCUGCUCUCAAAGCUUGAACAUCGAGCCUGCUCAUCGCGAGCGAUUCAUAUGCUGUUGGACACGUACACCGAAGAUGAGAAACUUCAGCAAGAGAUAUUUUGGGUGGCCUGCUUUGAGAUUCUAUCCAAUGCUUCGAUAUAUGGCCUAGAAAAAGGUGCCAACGAUUGGGAAACUCUCGAAUAUUGGUGCACCCAACGUGCCACUGAAUCCUUGACCCGGCUAUCCCCUCCACUUUCUCAAACGUAUACAUGGGACAACGAUGAACGGAUGAUCAAAAUUUCACGCAAACGAUUUGUUGACGCGACUACCCAGGUCUAUGGUCUUAUCAUCGUAUCGCGCCCGUUAGCCCGACCCCCCCAUCUUCCUGACUCAAUAUACACCAUAUUGACGGUUAUCGCCUGCAGUAGCUCGCCUGGAACCUGGGAGUUUCAAGAAUGCAACAAAUUGCUUGCACAAUCUCAGCUACCAAAACUAAGCAAAGGUCUUGUCGAUAAUAUAUGCGCGCAAAAUAUCGCCCACUUGUAUACCGAACCCUUGUGUAUGACGCCGCUAUCAAUAUUUGUGGAUGCCUACGCUCGGAAUCCUCAGUCGGACGCCCAGCGACAUUUUUCAGCCAUCCAACUUUGGCUACUAUUCCGCCUCGCAGAGCAAGUGUCUUUGAUUAACAGUGAGGAGAAGCGUUUGCGAUUGAGAAGAAACCUUGGAGCCAUGAUCCGGACCAUUCCAGAGCUUCGAAACAAAAGUCUUGAUCGAGUUCAAGAGGAAAUCGAAACAUUGAUAAUCGAAAACUAUAGAAGAGACCAUUCAGCAAAUGGCGCAGUAGUAAAUAAGAACAAUAGUCCACAAUCCAUUUGGGAUCGUAUCACUUUCCGCUUAAAGGCAUGGCGCCUGAAUACCAGUACAGGGAGUACACUGUUACAGAUUGGCAACUGCCAUAAUUUAGAAGAAAACGGUCUCCCAGUGGACACAGAAGCUCGUAUACUGGCAGUAAAAUACCAAAGAGAGUAUACGUUGCGGAUCAUCAAGCUAAUUCUCGAGAUACGCGGAGUACAAGGAAAUCAAGAUCUAAUACCACUGAUGGAAGAGGACUGCAAAGGGCUUUCCGCUGGCGUUAGAAUGCGCCUCAACCUAUCGGGCUUGAAGCUCGGGCCACCAGUUCAAUCCAGAGACAAACCUGGUCCAGAAACAACACCCGUGGUGGAACCACUGCCAGUGUCUGAUGAACCUGGAUAUGUGGCAGUUGAAGUACAUAAAUUACCUAAUCCGUCCCACUCGGAGAAUUACAGCUGUGAUAUGGGCUUGCAUAGAUUGUUUUACGGGUCCUCCGAGGCCCUGUAA